GUAAGUGACUUUGGCGCGUAGUUUUUACGUCAACAACCUAUUCCACAGCUGCUACUAUGGCAACCAACCCUGCAACACAGCAGUGCCGCGCGCUUCUCAGUGACGUAGGCAGCGGUCGUGAAUGACGUGCGCUUUCUCAGUAUGUCGGGAAAGAGAGACUUUGAGUGAGGGAAGGAAGGCUAGAAUGGAAAAAAGAUGUGAUAUGUCUUGGGUUAAACUUUAACCAUUAAAGUCCAGUGGUAAAACAAGAGCUUCAUUGCAUAAACUUUGACUCCAGAUCUGCUCCAAAUAUUAGAUCCAAAUCUCUCUUGGAAGGCUAAAAUGGAAAAAAAGAUGUGAUAUGUCUUGGGUUAAACUUUAACCAUUAAAGUCCAGAGGUAAAACAAGAGCUUCAUUGCAUAAACUUUUGACUCCUGAUCUGCUCCAAAUAUUAGAUCCAAAUCUCUCUUGAACUGAGCCUCCAUCCUUGUCAUUUCCUCUUCUAGCUGAAGCCAAGAGAUGGUGCCCCCUGAAAUGAUCAUCAUUGAAAGUGUAGGGGAUGAGGUGACUGUAGUGGUUGGUAUCAUGGUCCUUAUCACGGCUCUGGUCCUGGCCUGGCUUUCUACAUAUGUUGCAGAUGGCAGUAACCAUCUUCUGAGAACUGUUUUGGCUCCUGGAGAUUCAUCAGUGAUCCAUCUGAGUCCCAUUGAACGCUAUGUGGGGAAUUCAGUGUCAGAACAGUCUGAGCCCCAGGGUGCUGCAGACGGUGCUGAAGAAAAGGCAGAUGAAGUUUCUGCUUCAGACUCAGGGUCUAUAGUUGAGCAAGGAGAUAGCAGCAGUGGUUCGGAUGCUACCUUGGAUCGUCUGUUAGACAUUCAGGGUCUUCCCCAAAGAACCUCUUCUAUUGCGACUGUUUCCCAGGAAAACCAAAGCAUUUCACAAAUGGCACCUAUCAUGGAGGAGAGUGAGCCAAACUCAGGAUUUAUCAAAGUGCGUCUCAAAUUCUUCAAUGACACAGAAGAGGUGGCCAUUGUGAAGCCGGAAGACACUGUUGGCAUCCUCAAGAGCAAAUAUUUCCCAGGUCAGGAAUGUCAGAUGAAGUUUAUCUACCAGGGACAGAUUCUCCAGGACCAGACAAGGACUCUCCGCUCCCUCAACAUCCUGGAUAACUGUGUGAUCCACUGCCAUCUCUCUCAGACCACUGUCUCUGUCAUGCCUGAUGCUGUGGCUGCACCACCAGAAGAUGGGGGCAUUGCUUUAAGUGCGGCCGAUCUGAUGCUUCCCAUUUUUAUGUUCAUGCUUGCAGUCACCUGGUUUUUCCGCAUCAACAACCGGCAGUUAUUCACUGUCCCUGCCACCAUUUCUUUGGUCGGGGUGACUGUAUGUUUUAGUUUCUUUGUUUUUGGAAUGUAUGGACGAUGAGCAGGCAGCGGGGAGGAUGGAGUAGCCUUGGUUAUCCCUUAAACUGAAUGCUCUUUGUUUUGUAAUUCCACUUGCUAAUAACUGGUAACAAGAAAAGCUCUUAUCCAGAAUUCUACACUGAUGGGGCAAAAAGCUCCACAAAUCCCCUUAAUUUAGUUCUUUCUUUCUACAUUUUCUUUACCUACAAAGUUUGGAUAUUUUUAACAACCGAUGUUAGAUGAAAACAGGAUAAAUAUAGAAGGGCAAAGCAGUAUAGAUUGUUCUUCUUUCCUACUAUCUACUCAAACAAUUGAGUGAUCUCAGCCAUUAGAACCAUUGCCCUCAUGUCUUCUGGCUUCUAUGCCUUUAGGAGAAACAUGAAGGACUGACUUUUCAGCCACAACUAUGAGGAACCUGCUAAUGAUGAUCUUAAGAAAACCUGAUUGAAGUCAAGCUCCUGUCCUUCAUGCUCUUAGCCUUCUUCUGAACUCCACAAUAAAGAAAAGGGCUUCUGGCUUAA